UUUCAGAUAAUUUCAGAUCGCAACAGUGCAGCAUUUUUAGCUUGGAGUCUUGUGAUAGCUGACGAAUGCUGGUUCUGUUCAUGAGGCGAUAGCUGACCAAAAUAGGCCAGACACAUCUCAUCGUGUCGCCUUCAACACCUGUGGCAAACUGGAAGUGGACGUGUUAAGCUCGGAUUUACAUAUUCGCUGGAGGCAAGAAUACCCGGAAGUUUCUAGAAGGUUCUCGUGGUUUGCUGAGACUGAGGAGUUAUACUUUGGAAUGUUCAGUUGCGGAUUAUACUAGCCAGCAGUGUGCAAAGGUUGGCGUGGACGAGCGUGCAGUGACUUCACAUCUAACCCAGACAGGAGGAUUUGUUUAUUUUUCAUUUCGUGUUUGUGUGAAGAGCAGACGAUACCCAACCGCGCGGAAACGUGACAUUGACAGAUAUAGGCAAGUAAAAUCCUGCUCGAACUAUCAAACACCAGACGGUUUUCUGUUAUUUGUUUGUCUUUCCAUUGACUGGAUACUAAACAGCGAUCAUGAAUAUCGAAAUUAGAAUUCCGUUUUCGCAUCCCCGGGUGGAAUAUAGCGUCAAUUCUGGACAAGGUGGGUCAAUAACUCCGACAGUGAUAUCUGGCGGUCCUCCACAGUUCGGUCAGCCCACAGUCGAGGUGCACAAGGUGCCGCAGCAGCAAAGUGGUGGUAACCAGGGAAUGCCAACUAUCACUGUUCUUUCCCCGAAUGCAGAACCAACGGUUAUCAAGCCAAACCAAGCGCCACCACCAUACCUCCAGCAACACUCUCAGCCCGAGUCUAGCACAUACGUCACAACAAGUCAAUCUGGAGGACCAGGAGGACAAUCUAGCGUCAAGACCACCACCACGACCAGGAAAACAACCGAGCGACGCGUUUACGAGGACCCCGGGAUGUCACCGGGAUCAUCGAUCUAUUCGUCCGAUCCUCCUUCACCUUCUCCGACCCUCUACCAAGGAUAUUACGUCACACCCGUUUCUCUGACGAGCCAGUCAUCAGGGCCACCGAAGGGCCUUGGUGAACGCCAGACGAGUAAGAUCGAGUACGACAGUCAACGGUUCCAGGUGACCCUUGAUGUGAGUUCAUACCGACCAGAGGACAUUGAAGUUAAGAUCAAGGAUAAUAAACUGACUGUUCGUGCUGAGCACCGUGAAGGGACACCAGAAGGCGGCUUCGUUCAAAGAGAGUACUACCGUCAGUACACCUUGCCUGAUGACGUCGAUCUGAGGUUAGUCAAAAGCUACCUGUCUGAGAAAGGCAUCCUGACCCUGGAGGCUCCCAAGCUACAGUUAGCCCAGGCCAAUGAGCGGACCAUCCCCAUCCAAGUCAGGCCACAUGUAGAGGGUUCUAGCGGCAAAGGAACACCGACUGGACCCAUCGUGGAAGAAUUCACGAGUGAUGCUGAGUCCCUCAGGAGAUCAUAA